AUGUUCGACGACGGCGUUCGGCAUUCGGUGACCGGCGGUGGGCGGCUGAAGUCCAAAAUUCGACGUUCGGCAUCUGGCGCCAAGUCCAGUGACUGGUGGCGAGCGGCCAAAGUCCGGAGUUCGACACUGGAGUCCAACGACCGGCAACCGAUGUCCAACAUCCGGAGUUCAACGUCGACGUCCGACAUUCGGAGUUUGGCGACAAGAGGCCAACAACGAGUGGCUAGUGGCCCGAGUCCGGCGACGGGUGGUGGGCGGCCGACAUUUGGCGGCCGGUGGCAUGAGUCCCAGCUUGUAAAAGAAGUUCUCAGACGGGUCAGGCAGGUGUUGAAGAAGGAUGACCAAGUUGUAACCGAUAAACUAGUUGGAACUGAUCUUCAUGUUCAAGAGGUGAUGAGAAAGCUUGGUGUUGUCUACAAUGAUGGACGAGCAAUCGAAGUUUGUGGACAAGACCUACGUGCCGUUGGAAUAUGCGGAAUGCCAGGUGUCAGAAAGACUGCCCUUGCAAAGGUUAUCUUCAACAAAAUGCAUAUGUUGUUUGAUGAAUAUAGCUUCCUUUAA